UGGCCGCGCUCGGGUGGGGGAGCGGGGCGCCGCUCUGCUCAUGCGCGUGUGCGGACGGACCCGGGACCAUGGGCAGGAAGCGAGAGGGGCUGAGCGUGGCCCGGGAGAUUGAUGAACUGGAGGAAAAGCUGUCACUUUGCAGACAGAGCAUGGAAGAAGUAGAUCUCAAACUGCGCAGGGAGAAGCUCAGCCAUGAAGGAAGAAAGUCACUGGAGAGAGAGAGAAACCUACUAAUGACCAAAGCUGACAACUAUGAGAAAGAACUGAGUGUGCUUCGUAAGGAAAAUCGCAAGAAUGCUGCCCUUGCUGUGGCCAUGGUGUUGUUGAUUGCUCUUAUUUACACCUGCUGGACAAUGUGAUUGCACUCAAGAAUUCUCCCUGCUGACCAAAUGAUUCUACUGCAAGGAGCUCUUCCUUCCCACCACUGCACCUUUCCUGAGAGUGAGGAUCAGCAUUUCAGAUUGCUGUUCUUGUUUAUUUUCUCAAAGCCUCACCUUAGGGAAGCUAAAGUAUUCUCUGAGAACUGAGGAAGCAAACUAGAAAUUACAUCGCACUCACAUUGGGAAAACAAGUUGAGCAGAACUCGAGCUGGAACUCUUACCCAACUUGUAGUCAAGACCCUCAGGCCUGAUGUAGGACUGUAGUAUGUUCUCCCUUUUGAAGAGGAUCUCUCUGGUUGCAGACAAGUGCUCUCUGCCCAAGCUAGUCAGAACACAUGCCACCUCCUUGGUUGUUGUGUCUCAACCCUAAAUUGAAGGGACACCAGGCUCUUUGAAUCAGAGUAACCUUUUGCAUUGUGACAUGGACACCACGUGUCUCCAAAGCUGAGAUAAACACAGAUAGUUCUUCUUCCAUUUCAACAUAAGAGGACUGAAACCACCCUACCCCUAUAAAAACAGAUGGGAGGUAGGCAUCUUUUAUGCAGGCACAAAGCAGCCAACUUGAGAUCUUCUGACUUGGACUUUGAAAAUACCUACAUACCUCUCUUGUGUGUCAGUUUGGUAACUAUUUUGUGCCUCAGUCAACAUAUGCAGAAAAGAUUUUAUUGUCAACUCCCAGGGAUGGAAGUGCCUUUGUAGGGCUUUAAAUAAAGUAAUUUGACAUUGCAGCUUUCAGCUUUUCCUUCCCCUUUUUGUUGCACCUCCAGUUUUGCAGCAGGCCUUGUCUCAGGCCCCUGGUUAGGAUCCUAUCAUCCUGCAGCCUCCUCUCUUUCUGGUCCAGUGACAUACCUCAGGUAGCCCUGAGGGAGCACUUGCCAGGAAAGCCUUUAGAAGGGCACUAUCUUCAAAAUUUUCAACUCUGCAAGGUGUUUCCUAUUGCCACACUAACACAGGCUGCUAGCCCAAAUUUUGUGGGAAACAAAGUAAACAAGCAGUGAGGUGAAUUAAAGGGGCUGUAUUGGUAAUAGAGACAACAAAAGCAGAGAAAUCAACACAAAAUGAUACACAGCCUAAUGACAAUACAUUGUACCAUUCACAUACAUAAACAUUCCCUUAAGCAAAGUAGCAUGGUGCCUUACAUUUGCCUUCUUGAAUUGGGAUUCAGAAUCAAGGUUCAGUGCAUCAAAAAUAAAAAUAAAAGCAAAUUAAAACGGGGAGGAACUGGAGGCAACAGGGCAAAUAGAAAAUACCUGCAAAAGCCAGACUGCUCAUCAGGUUUCUUUUGCGUCCUCAGAAGCCUACAAGCUCUACAGUACACUUCCUAGUCACCCUUUUUUCUGCUGGCCCAGAGGAGAGUCAGAAACCCCAAGUGGAGGACAUAAUACUUACCAACACAGCCUGGCAAAGGGAGCAGCAUGCUUUGCUGGCAUUACAGCAGCCUCAAGGCAAGUGCCAGAACUCAAGUUACUCACUUAUAAAGCCAGCUGCUCACAGGCCUGGAAACCACACAGCUGGAGGUGCAUUUUUGCCCAUCAGAGAGUCAUAGAGAGUCCUCUUCAUCCCCUGUGGAAGUGCUUUUGCCAGCAAAAAUUACCAGUUACACAGCUCUUGUUCUUUGGGUGGGGGGAAGGAAGCCUGCCAUUUCUCUCAUAGAUGUAUUAGCUAUACUUGAAAAUAGAGGGCAGACUGUCAUCCACAGGACGCAGUAACAACAUGCAGUCCAUCAACUGUUCCAGUAGACCUGUAUCUAGGCAUUAAUGACUACCAACAUGGGAAAAGAUCCUUUUAUCCACUUCCAUCACUUUAGGUCGGAGCUUGAGAGAAAAGAAUAGCUCCCUUGCACUGUAUUCAGGGCAAUCUAUUACCAACCCAGCCUCCUAUUCACUCCCCAAGUUUUGCUUCCACUUUUCAUUCACCAACAGACAUGCCAGCUUCUGCGCUGCUCCCCUAGCCAGGAGCUGUGGUUCUGCAGUGAGUGAGCCUGCAUCUAAACUUGCCUGGUGCAAGGACUUGUAUCUGUUACUUAUACCAAACUGAUGAAAAGAAAAAAAACAAAACAAAAACAAAACAGAAACUGUGGUUUUAUGGAGAUGAUGCGCUUCUAAAGACGUGGAAAUGCUCUAAGCUCAGAGAGCGCAGCCACCUAGCAGGAUGACAUUCACUACAUGCUGAUGCUGAGGACAAAACUCAUGCAGUAUGCUGGACCUUAGAGGGUGGCUGAAAACAGGACUUCUACAAUGUGCACCUUGUUAUGGCCUCUUUGGGAGUGGUGCAGGGCACCCAUCCUAUCUAUAGAACCGUGAGUGAAAAUUUCCAUGUCUUACUACAUAAAGCUCGUUAAAAUAUUACAUACAGAUUUGGGGAGAAAAAUAAGAAUCUAAGGAACUGCUAUAGUUCCAAGGAGACCUAUAGCUUUCUUUAAGGCACAGUUCAGACUACCCCAAAAUCAGUUUCCUCCCUAUUGUCAAUCUAUGUUUAAAAAGAAACAAACAAAAAAGGCAACUUUGCUGCUUGGCUGAAAGCAGUCAACUUGUGUUAGCUUCUGAUUUAAGUGGAAGACCUGGCCAAAAGCCCCAUGGAAGCCAGAACUGAAGGUACGUCAUGCAACGGAAGAAUAUUUUUCAGCUCAGCGCAAAAUAACGCUGAGAAGUCUGUUGAAAUAAGUUUCAUGCUGAGUGUCAAAGCACUGUCUUCACCCUCUUCACCCCAGGUGUAGCUCCAGGGCCAGAUGAGACAUGGAGAGUGUCAAAGCUCACUCUGACAUUUAAAAAGGAAAGUCUGAUAACCUUUCCAGUGGGCACAGUCAGGGGAGAGGAUUUCUUCUAAUUAACCAACAUGGUCAAAGUCAAGAUCUCUCUUCACUGAAGCCCUGGGUCUUUUAACAAAAAAAAAAAAAAUCAAA